AGGGGCGAGUCGCCUCCGUGCUGUUAUGCAUGGGAGGGGGGGGGGGGGGGCCGAGAGUAGCAUUUCACCCCCCUCAUUUUCCCAGAAUAAAUUUUUGGUCCUAGUAGUAUUUUUCUCAACCAGUAGUUACAAACGUUGCAUUGAUGAUCACAUUGAUUAGAAAAUCAAAUUUAUGAUUGUCAAUGUACUGUAAAAUGAUUGCAAAUUCCUAGAUGGUAUUUUAUUUAAAUUCUACUACAUCUACUGUCAGAGUAGUAUUUUAUACAUACUACGUCAUAAAAUCUUGGAAUGGUAUAUUUAAUAUUUUGGUUCGGAUACUCAUUAAAUAGCACAAUUUUGCAUCUAAAAUUCCAAAUUUUUCCGGGGGAGGGCCCCCGGACCACCCGCUCUAGGACUGAGAUAAGUGUGAUACAUAUUUUCCACUCAUGAAAACGUUCCGAAUCCCUGGCUCUAGAUAACAAGUGGAGCAAAAUGACUAUCUACAUUAGAAUACAUAAGCAAACUAAACGAGAAUCCUAUAUGACGACCUAAACGGAUGAGAUAACAAGGGUGAGAUAACUCUUAAAUCACUGUGUGUAUUGAUCUCGGUCUGCUUAUGGACAUCGUGGAGGUAUGAAGUUAUUGUCGCCAUUUUUUUUAAACUAAAUCGUGUAUCAAGGAUAGAACCCUGAACAGAAGUCUGUGACAUGAGUGCUAUAUUAUUAUUUCAUAUAUUUAUUAAAAUUUUUAAAUUAAAAAUUGUUUUUGCUCUCGAGGGGAUUGAACCUAGGUCUUUAAAUUCUAUAAUGUAAACAUUUAAAUUAGAAAAAAUAAAUUUAUAAUAAUUUAAUUGUGGAUAUUUUAUUAAACUUCCCCUGGAAGAGUUUGAACCAAUUUUUUCUAACUCAACUAUAUAUGUAAUUUCUUAUUAAUUUACUUUCUCAAUUUUUAAAAUAUAUUUAUAUAUUUAUCGGUUUGUAGGUUUAAAGUCAAAGUAACGACUUCAGAUAGGGUCCUUUUUGGACAUUACCCUCACGUUGUGAAAAAAUGGUCUCUCUAUGGUAAGUGACCCUCCAGUUUUUUUUUAAGAAAACAAAUAUAAAUUUUCCUAAAAAUAAAAAUUGCUUAACAUAGGAAAAGUUAUGGUUGAAAGGGAAAUUUUGCAGGCCAACUUCAAAUAUCGAUAUCAUCCAAAAUGGUAACAGAGUCGUCAAUAAUUUCAAGUGGUGGCCGGUUACACAGGAUCUACCUCUGGAAACUUACAUCAGGACCGACAUAAAUAUAAUAAUAUUCCUCUACCACCAGGCCACGAAACGGCUAUGUAAAAGCGUAAUUUUCCUAUUGUAUGUAUUAUAGAAGUUUUAAUAUUUCAUGCAGUUAUAGCGUAGGUAUAGAACUAGCAUUGUCCUUCAACAAGAGAAAUGAGAACCGUCCUAAUCAUGUCCUCAAGCAUCUAAAACUACAUCGUCAUCAUCGUCAUCGUCUUCGUCGAAGGCAACUUACGCAAGUCACGGAUGCGAGCCGAAGAGAGUGAUAACGAAUGAGGUGGCAGGAAUAAAAGAGUGCGUCGUUAUUCUCAGCUGGCAGAUGACCUCGGUCGCCGGUGGACGCAGGACCGCUCCUCUCGCCACUCACAACCGUGAAUACUAGCGCAGCGGGUCGUCGUGUCUUGUCGUUUUACGGGACUUUCAGGAAAAAAGCUGCGGACCCUGAUGGCGCCGCGCGUGCCGGCCGUCUUGCUGCCGCUGCUGCUGCUGGUGGUGCUGGCUGGCGGCCUCGCCGGAGUCGCGUCCGCCGCCAGGAUCCUGGGCGUGUUCCCCUUCCCCGGCCGCAGCCACGUGGUCAUUUACUCUUCGCUGCUGCGCGGGCUGGCCGCCAGGGGCCACAACGUGACUGUCUUCAGCGCCUACCCGCUGGACCAGCCCGUCGCCAACUACACCGCCGUCAAGCUCGCCUUGGACCUGAGCGCGCAGGCCGAAUUACGGAAAAACAAAAGCAUGUUCUCGCUUGGCGAACAGAAUCCCUUCUUCACCGUAGUUAUGCAACACUUCAUUGGACCUACUUACACAGAACAAGCACUCCAGCAGUCAAGCAUUCAAGACCUGAUCUCUGCCACGGACGAGAAGUUCGACCUGGUUUUCCUCGAAGAUUUGUACGCCGAUGCAUUCGCUGGAUUCGCUCACAAGUUUGACGCUCCGCUGAUUUACAUGAGCCCCAUAACGGGCUUCCCGUGGACGAAUGACCUCAUCGGCAACCCUUCCCCUGACUCGUAUGUCCCGAGCAUCUUCUCCCAAUACUCUGAUCACAUGUCUUUCCGAGAGAGACUGCUCAACACAGUUCUAAACACCUUCAGCAGGCUGCUCGUCAGCUCUACUUAUUUCAAAGGCUUUCCUGAUCUACCACACUUAUCUGAGAUAAUUAUCCAAAGAACGGCUUUGGUAUUCACGUAUGCUAGGCCAGGAGUCAGCUAUCCACAACCACUACUGCCCAACAUGAUCCAGAUAGGAGGGAUGCAUCUGAAACCAGUGAAACCACUGCCACGUGACUUAAAGAAAUACCUGGACGACGCCAGUGAAGGUGUGGUUUACUUCAGCAUGGGUUCAAAUCUUCGCAGUGCUGAGUUCCCAGAAGAGCUACGAGACGCUUUUGUCAAAACGUUCUCAAAGUUGAAACAAAAGAUUUUGUGGAAAUUUGAAGAUGACCAACUACCGGGACAACCACAAAAUCUCAAAAUAAGCAAGUGGUUUCCACAAAACGAUAUUCUAGGCCACCCAAAUGUGAUGCUCUUCAUCACUCACGGUGGAAUAUUAAGCACCCAGGAAGCUUUAUAUCACGGCGUGCCACUUAUUGGAAUACCUAUAUAUGGAGACCAAGCACAGAAUAUGAAAACUCUUGAGAAUCUUGAUUGUGGCUUACAGCUGAAAUAUUCUGACAUAAACGACGCAUCGUUUGAAAGGGUAGUGAAGGAGGCGUUAACCAAUCCCAAGUACCUAAAACGAGCAAAAGAGGUGUCGAGAAUAUUUCGUGACCAGCCUCAGAGUCCUCUGGAAAAAGGGGUCUUCUGGACGGAGUAUGUUCUGAGGCACAAGGGAACCGCGCACUUGCGUUCCGCGGCCACGGACCUCAGUUGGUACCAGUACUUGCUGCUAGAUGUCGUCGCGGUGUUGGUGCUCGUCCCAGCCGCGCUGGUGUACUGUGUUCUGAUGCUGUGCAGGAGACUGUGUUGUGCGACGAAGAAAAUUAUAAUCAAAGAUGUAAAGAAAAAGCAAUAAUGCGCUAUACGCCAAAAUUUUUAACGAGCACUUAUCAUCACAUUAUUAUAGACCAUAAAAUAUCAGUUUGUGUAUCAUUGUUAAGAAAGCUGCAUCUUAAAUAUUGUCAGAAAAUCACGCUCUGUGUGCGAGUUUGUAAGUAUAAGAUGUAAAUUCGAAAACUACUCAAACGAUUUAAAAAAAAACUUAUUCACUGCUUUAAAUCUACAUUAUUCCAGGUGCACAUAAGCUUUUGUAUACUACAUUUUCAUAAGAUACAGUAAUAUUCUUAACUUAAACUACAAUAAAACGGUUAAUUUGACUGCCUUCUGCAAGCUUAUAUAUAUAAUGUGUUUAAAACGUUUUAACUAUUACAAUUAUGCAAACUACAUGUUAGUUGAAAUUUCAAACGCAGACAGAGGCUACUGCAUAUUGAUAUCGCUAUUGUGACCCAUAUCGGCCUUUAUAAUUUGAAUUCAGUUUGUAUUUUCUAGUGAAUAGUUUUUUUUAAUUGUUUAUUAAAACCUAUUAGAAUAUUAGAAAUUACUUAAUCUACUUGAGUGAAGCCGGUUACCGGUUACAGUAUAUUAUAUGUACAUGCAAAGUUUUUUUUUUGUAUACGAAUAUGAGUACUAAAUGUAUCAGUUAUUUUUUACCCGAAAAUAAAUAUUGAGAUAAAUGACACCCAAGGCCAAUCGCAAACUUGAAAGGCUACGAAGGCUUUUUAAGAUAGCUAAAGUUGCCUUUCAGUUUUAUAUGUCCUUGGAAAAUCUAAAAAUGUGCUUGAAUUUCUGCGUGAUUCCUUAAAUUUUAUUGUUUCAUAAAGUAUUUUGAUCCGUAGAGAGAAUAAAUACUGCAAACAAUCUUCGUUUUGGACUGAGCCACGCCCCCGCAAAAAGCAAUGAUUGAGAUAUAUAUGUGUGUACUAUAUACAGUUCUUUGUAAAGUAUCGAAAUAUAUGUGUAUGUUUCCGCAUAGUGCUGUUUGACAACAAUUUUAAGGUUAAUCUUCUAUAUUAAAACAUGU